CUCCUUUUCGAUCAUCAAUUUGCUUUCAAUUGAGUGUACAAAGUAAUCAUGAUCUUCGAACCCGCCGAGCGAUUGCACAUUCCCACCAAGGACCUCCUGUCGUACAUUUUCGACGAUCCCAAGUACGACCAGGACGAGCCGAUUUAUAGAGACCCGGGAAACCCAUCACGGUCUAUCUCCUGUAACCAAGCCCGAAAGCUGAUCCGCCAGCUUGUUGCGGGACUGCAGGCAUGGGGUGUUCGGAAGGGUGAUUGUGUGGCGAUUCACGCGUUCAAUGAUAUUUAUUAUAGUAUUCUGGUCUUGGCGAUUGUAGGUGCUGGUGGGAUUUUCACCGGCACGAAUCCAUCGUACACGCCGAUGGAGCUGGAGCACCACAUUAGAGCAUCGGAGGCUAAGUUUCUGAUUUCGGAGCCGGAGAUUGUGGGCUCACUCAAGGCUGCUGCAAGUGGCGUUGGUAUUCCGGAAAACAACAUCCUCAUUUUCAAUGCUCUCGGGCAAGAUGUCCCGUCUGGGUUCCGAUCGUGGGAGGAGCUUUUCAAAGCCGGUGAGACGGACUGGGUGCGUUUUGACGAUUUGAAAACUACAAGAGAGACCACGGCAGCAAGACUGUUUAGCAGUGGUACGACCGGUCUGCCCAAGGCUGUCACUAUCACUCACUACAACAUGGCGGCACAGCAUGAACUGGUUUUUGAGACGCAUCCCCGACCAUACCGAGUCUGCAAAGUAGUACCCACGCCAGUCUUCCACGCAGCAGCAGCUCCAUCAACCCAUUUCUCGACCCUGAAAGCCGGCUACAUCACCUACGUCAUGCGCCGCUUCAAUCUCAACGACUUCCUGGAAGCCGUUGAAAAAUACGGUGUCACUGACCUAACCAUGGUGCCUCCGAUCGCGGUCGGAAUCCUCAUGAACCCGCAUGCCAGAAAGCGGCCAUUCUUGAAGAAGGUCAAGAUGGCAGGCUGCGGUGCUGCGCCUCUGGGCCGCGACGUCCAGGCUAGGUUCCACGAGCUCAUGGAUAAAGAGGCCCCCUUGACGCAGGUAUGGGGCAUGACUGAAACAAGCUGCAUUGCUAUGUCCUUUCGGUAUCCCGAGCACGACGAAACUGGGUCUGUGGGACGGUUGAUUCCUAAUCUCGAGGCGAAACUUAUCGAUGUUGAGGGGAAUAAUAUCUCAGCCUACAACACUCGUGGAGAGCUCUGCGUCCGCGGCCCAACUGUCACGCCCGGCUACUUUAAUAAUCCCGAAGCUAACGCGUCUUCUUUCGAUGCGGACGGUUGGUACAAGACAGGCGACAUUGCGUACUGCGACGAGGCAACCGGUAAAUGGUACAUCGUGGACCGACAGAAGGAACUUAUCAAAGUUCGCGGGUUCCAGGUUGCCCCCGCGGAACUCGAAUCUGUACUGUUAUUGCACCCACAGAUCGUUGACGCGGCUGUUAUUGGAAUUAGCUUCGCAGGAUCUGAUGAGGAGUGGCCGCGCGCGUAUAUCGUCAAGAGGCCUACGGAAGAAGGACAGAAGUUGACGGCGGAGGAUGUGCAGACAUAUAUGAAGGAGCGGCUGGCGAAGUACAAGUCGUUGACGGGUGGCGUUGUCUUUGUGGAGGGGGUGCCGAAGAAUGCUAGUGGAAAGAUUUUGAAGAAGGUGUUGAAGGAGAUUAGCAAGAGGGAGAUUGAGGUUGGCAUGAUUAAGCCGAGGUUGUAGACAUGACGUUUUGCAAAUGCAGAUAUCGAUACAAUGAAGAAAUGGUGUCUACAGACACUUAAUAUGCAGUCC